AAAAAAAGAGGAAAAAAAAAGGAAAACUUGAAGUCGAAGAAUAGAAAGUGGUCCAAUUAUGGGUCCGUGACAUUGAUAGGGUUGUCCACCACCACCUCUGUAAUAAGCUGUCACAAGCUUUUUAGCUAGGUCACCCCCAUUUUCUAUCUCCUCGUCUUCUUCUCUUUCUCUCUCCUCAUCUCAUACUUUCCCCUUUGGAUUUGAUUAUUCGUUGACUUGCCCCCAAUUUGCACUCUUAAUUUAUAAUCCUAGGGUUUUGUAAAUUGAUUCUACAAUCAACUCUACAAUGUGGGUGUCCCAUCAAAAUUGAAAAUACCCAUUUUGACAAUUAUCCAAAUUUACGAACUAUUAUUUUGAGUUUGAAAUGAGCGCAUCCAGGUUCAUCAAAUGUGUUACAGUGGGUGAUGGUGCUGUGGGUAAAACUUGUAUGCUUAUUUCUUACACCAGCAACACUUUUCCAACGGACUAUGUACCUACAGUUUUUGAUAACUUCAGUGCUAAUGUUGUUGUUGAUGGGAACACAGUCAACCUAGGGUUAUGGGAUACUGCCGGUCAAGAAGACUACAAUAGAUUGAGACCUCUGAGCUAUCGUGGAGCUGAUGUAUUUAUUUUAGCGUUCUCAUUGAUUAGCAAGGCUAGUUAUGAAAAUGUUGCCAAAAAAUGGAUUCCUGAGCUGAGGCACUAUGCACCUGGUGUUCCAAUAAUUCUCGUUGGAACAAAACUAGAUCUUCGGGAUGAUAAGCAAUUUUUCGUAGAUCAUCCUGGUGCAGUUCCCAUUUCAACUCAACAAGGAGAGGAGCUGAAAAGAGUCAUUGGCGCCCCUUACUACAUUGAGUGUAGUUCAAAAACUCAACAGAAUGUGAAGGCAGUUUUUGAUGCGGCCAUUAAGGUUGUCCUUCAGCCGCCAAAGACCAAGAAAAAGAAAAAGAAGGCGAAAGGAUGUUAUAUUUUGUGAUUAGGCUAAAACAAGAGUUAUUUAGAAGGAAGGACAUUUGACCUACAAACAAUCCUUGCCAAUUUCAUGUGUUUCAUCCUAAUAUUUGUCAUUUUUUUCAUCAUGUGUUCAGUUUUAUUUGUGCUCUUCAAAGGAACAAUUAGUCUCUUGGUGUAUAGUCUCAACUGACACAGAUAUUCUGCAAAGACAUCCCAGUAGUUUGUACGGAGUACUUUGUUUUCUUUAGAAGAAAAUUGUCUUCCUCAAUUAAAUCAUUGACGUAGGCAAUUAUUACCUUGA